AUGGCCUGGCCAGGGAACAACAACCCAAAUUAUAAGGAGGCCGGCUGCCUUGAGCGAAUGAAGGUCGAGCUCACGGCCAUCGCCAAGGCUAUCUCUGGUUUCGAGCCGGUGACUCUUUUGGUCGGUUGUGACCAGGUUUCCGACGUGCGGCGGAAAUUUGAAAGUUGUGGUGAGUAUGGCGUGGACAUCAAGGCCAUAGGGACGGAUGAUCUCGAGCCAUGGAUGCGUGACGUUUUACCGACGUUCGUGUUCAGCGAGGAGUCGCAUUCCGCACUGCAUGGGGUCGAUUUCAAUUUCAAUGGUUGGGGAGGACGUUAUCCGUCAGAUAGCAAUGCCCAUUUGGCCCGUCAGUUCCUAAAUGAUAGCCGGAUCCCCCGUGUGGAGACAUCUAUCGUUGUUGAAGGUGGAUCUCUGGAAACUGACGGUGUAGGAACUCUGUUGGCUACAGAGAGUUCGAUCCUCAACCCCAACCGCAACCCGGACAUGACACGAGGCGCCAUCGAGCGGGAACUCCACCGAGUUUUGGGCGUGACAAAGGUGAUCUGGGUGCCCGGUGUGAGGGGGGAGGACGUGACGGAUGCUCAUAUUGACGCCUUAGCUCGCUUCACCGGCCCCGGAAAAGUCGUGUUGAGUCGUCCCACUCCGGACAAUCAUGUAUGGAUAGCGGUUUAUAAUGACAUCAAGCGCAUCUUGUCCCAGGCAACUGAUGCCAAGGGGCAGGUCCUACAGAUCUUUGAACUGCCCGAGGCGGAUGUCAACGAUCUCAACACAACUGAAACAGACAUGGUAGUGGGCUACGUCAACUAUUUGCUUGUGAAUGGCGCGGUCAUCGCCCCACGAUUUGGAAGUCCUAAAAGCGACGCAAAGGCCAAGGAGGUGCUUCAAGGCCUCUUUCCUGAGCGAGAGGUGGUCCAGGUCUACCUUAAUGAGAUUGCGGUGAACGGUGGUGGCAUCCACUGUAUGGCGCAACAGAUCCCUGCAUCGAAGCCAUGA